UUGUUGUUGUUGCCUUCCUGUGAAAGCGCGUGUGUUUUUUCCACACCACGCAUUUUCCUUAUUUAGGCCAUGAGCCAGACACAGGCAAAUAAAACGCUACAGUUUCAUGAACUGGAGCUGGACCAGCGUAUCCUGAAGGCUGUUGCCUAUUUAGGAUGGCAUCAACCAACAUUGAUCCAAUCCACAGCUAUUCCCCUGCUUCUUGAAGGAAAAGAUGUGGUUGUACGUGCUCGCACUGGAUCGGGAAAAACGGCUACAUAUGCCCUGCCCCUCAUCCAAAAGAUUCUCAACUCAAAGUUGAAUGCAAGCGAGCAGUGUGUUAGUGCCCUAGUGCUGGCACCGACUAAAGAGCUGUGUCGUCAGUCUCGCUUGGUCAUUGAAAAACUAGCCGAAUCGUGCGGCAAAGUGGUGCGAGUGGCUGAUAUUGCCGGCAGCUCCAAUGAUGCAGUGACUCAACGUCAUGCACUGUCCGAACGGCCCGACAUUGUAGUCUCAACUCCAUCGAAGAUUCUGGCUCAUGCUGAGGCCGGUGGAGUGGUCGAUCUCAAGCAUAUCGAAACUCUUGUGGUCGACGAGGCAGAUUUAAUUUUUGCCUUUGGAUAUGAGAAGGAUUUCAAGAAAUUAAUCAAGCAUUUGCCACCCAUAUACCAAGCAGUACUUGUUUCGGCCACCAUCACCGAUGAUGUGGUCCGUAUGAAGGGUUUGUGUCUUAAAAAUCCAGUAACAUUAAAAUUGGAGGAGCCCGAACUAGUACCACAAGAUCAAUUGACGCAUCAGCGAAUCCUGGCCGAAGAGAACGAUAAGCCCGCCAUUCUCUACGCUCUGCUAAAACUACGUCUUGUACGCGGAAAGAGCAUCAUCUUUGUAAACAACGUGGAUCGGUGCUACAAGGUUCGACUAUUUUUAGAGCAGAUUGGCAUUCGAGCCUGUGUCUUAAAUUCAGAAUUGCCAGCAAAUAUACGUAUCCAUACCAUAAGUCAAUUUAACAAGGGCUCCUACGAUAUUAUCAUUGCUUCCGAUGAGCAUUAUUUGGAGAAGCCUGGCGGUAAAUCUUCAUCUCGCAGCGAUCACGAAUCCAGUUCCUCGCGUGGCAUUGACUUUCAAUGUGUCAAUAAUGUAAUCAAUUUUGAUUUUCCCCGCGAUGUCACCUCCUAUAUACAUCGAGCUGGACGCACUGCUCGAGGUAAUAACAAGGGCUCUGUUCUAUCUCUGGUCAGUAUCAAGGAAGGACCAGUUAACGAGGCUGUCGAAAAUAAACUACGCUCCACCUUUGCUGCCCAAGCUGACGAUGAGCAGAUCAUAAAGAACUAUCAAUUCAAAAUGGACGAAAUAGAAAGUUUUCGGUAUCGUGCCCAGGAUUGCUGGCGAGCAGCCACUCGUGUAGCUGUCCAUGACUAUCGAAUGCGAGAAAUCAAAUCCGAAAUUCUUAAUUGCGAGAAGCUUAAGGGUUUCUUUGAGGAAAACAAACGUGAUCUGCAGGCUCUGAGGCAUGACAAACCGUCGCGCACCAUUAAAGUGCAAUCUCAUCUGUCUGAUGUUCCCGAAUACAUUGUGCCCAAGGCUUUAAAACGUGUAAUAGGUUCGUAUCCUAGAUCUGCUCCAGUUGCCAAGCAGCCAAGGACUUCAGCUGCCAAAGCAGCGUUUGAGCGACGUAGCAACGAUCCCCUGAUGGUCAGUCAAGUUGACAAGUUUAGCAAGCGACGCUCUGCACCCAAGCGCAAAAAGAAAGCGAUAUAAGGAGCGCCACAGUGCUGGGAGGGAUUGUUUAAAUUAUAAUGGGGCUAGUUGUAAGAAAAUUAUGAUUUUAAUUUCAAGCAGUUCUUUAAAAGUCCAAAUAACUAGGAAAUAAACGUUUUUAUGAACAUUA